AUGUUGUCACCAGAGAUUGCCGUUUCGUCAAAGGCGGUGGGUAAUAAUAAUCAAGACACUGAUAACCUCUCUGUGAAAGCGUCAUUAGGAGGCGGUGGAGGAGGCCGCGGUAAAUAUACUACUGGAUCAUCAACAGCAAAGGCAUUACCAAUACCUCCAGCGUCAAGAUGUCCCCGCUGUGAUUCACCAAACACCAAAUUCUGCUACUACAACAAUUACAGUUUAGCUCAACCAAGGCAUUUCUGUAAGACGUGUAGAAGGUAUUGGACUAAAGGAGGUGCUCUUCGUAACGUACCCAUCGGAGGCGGUUGUCGUAAAAACAACAAAAGUAAAAGCAAAUCAUCAAGUAUUUCAACUUCAUCGGUUGAUUACAGUUCAAAAGAUUACUCAUCCACUUCCUAUUUAUUCUCUGAUAAUAUUCCUGGCAGUGGCGGUAGUGGAUUCCUAUUGAAUUCAUCUUUAUUUCAUGGAUUGAACUCCCUAUCCUCCUCCUCCUUGGGGGUCUGUCAUCAACAUGAUCAACUCGGAGGCAGGAUCCCUUUUUCUUUGCUCAAUUCUUCCGCGACUACCGGUACCACUUCGCCUUGUUUCGACGUCGAUGCUACAGCUGGUUCCUUAAUGAACGUGGGAGGUUUCAGUACUUACAAUGAUAACCUUGCUGGAAGUUCUUCUACACCGGCUUUUCGACGAGAUCAAAAGGAAACAUGUCCAUCCACGGUGACAAAUGGUUAUCAGGGUAGUUAUCAUCGUGAUCAUUUUACAUCUUCAAUUGAGUCUUUUAGUAACAUGAAUCAAGAACUACACUGGAAGCUACAACAACAAAGACUUGCUAUGCUUUUUGGUGUACGCAAUCAUCAGCAUAAUACUAGUUUUGAUACCAGUUCUGAAGUUGCUGGUCUAAAUAUCGAAAACCAGCUGCAGCAUGCACAAAAACUACCAUUGCCAGUUUCUUUUCAGAAUCUGGAGAUUUCGAAACAGGAGGCUACCGGCGCCGUUAGUAUUGAUCAAAUAGUUGGAUUACAAAGAGGUACUCAUGAUGAAGGCGAUAAUAGUGCACAAAACACUACUGAUCAGUGGAGUAUAUUUGAUAAGUACAAUUCCAAUACUAGUAGCAAUAGUACCCCCAUUAACACGGUUACCACAGGCGCCAACGAGAAAGUAAUUGGCAGUUGGAAUGAUAUUCAGGCAUGGAAUACCACCAUUACUGGUCAUCAACAUUUUGCACCCUUAAUAAUACAAAUGGCAGGAUAAAGUGGUACUAUGAUGUUACGUUAUAUAGCAUUAUUAUGCAGCAAAAAGCAAACCC